AUGCACGUGCAGUCGACUCAAGUGGUCGAUGCGGUCUUCUUUGGGACGAUCAUCGACGAGCAAACGAGUUCUUCGGUAGUGCCGCAUGGCCGCCUCGAGGAGAACCAUGUUCGAUCGGUCCAAGGAGAGACGAGCGGGGAAUCGAUGAUGCGCGUCGUCAACGAGAUCGAUAUCUUAUGUUGCGUUCUGCUCUAUGGCACCAAUUCGUGCUUCCCACUGGGACAUGCCGAUGUACAGCUGUUGCAAGCUGUCGAGCUAUCGUUGGAUGUCGCUGAUAGUUGGACGAAGCUUCACGCAUAUGGAAUCCGCUCGAUUCUCGUUGAGGGUGAAGACCCUUUCAUCAAAAUCGGCGAGACGAUCGUUCAGAUUGCUUUUUGGCUGCUCGAACUGGCUCGGAUCGGCACUCAACAGCCCCCGGCAAUUGAUCAAGGCAUGAGGAUAGCGCUUGGGAUGGUGCUCAGCCUGGCUCCGGAUGGUCUGGUUCUGAACUUCAUGAAUGUCGGGGGAAAUGUGGCCAAGUCCUGGGUGGGUGACGGUUUUUCGAUGGUCAGUAUAUCGGGUGACUCUAUGGAUGAUGCUACAUGGUGCACCAUCACCAAAGAGGAAGAUUUCGGGACCGUGGCGGCAAAGCUAGAUUCACUGGUACGGACAAACUACAGGAUCUACACUGCCACGUUCGGCAAGAACCUGCUGAAGGCCUACACUUCCUGGCUUGCCACGCCUGCUGGUGAUCGUGCCGAUCUUCGGGGGCGGGAAGUUGUAGACUUGUCCUUGUCGGACAGGGAGAUCUUUGAAGGUUUGCAGGGUGAAGAUGAGUGGAUCGAGAGUGGGAUGCACGAGGUUUUCGAGUAUCUCUACCGUGGCACAAGACUUGUGUGUUGGGAUCUCACGGUCUCCGCCAAGAGCUCUUUGCAGUGCAGGCACAGACCGGUGUGA